AGCAGGACACAGUGAAUUACUAGAUUCACUUCAAUCGUGAAGAAACAUAUAUUAAAAGUGCGCAAUUUCAUCAUUUCUAAAAUAGCUGGGAAAACAGAAGUGAAAAUGGCUUUGAGUGCUGCAUUUCUCCGUAAUUGGUUCAAUUCGUCUAUUCGUGCCUCACGAAUGCUGGAUCAUCAUUUUGGCCCGAGUAGCGAUCUGCUGAAUUCCAUGCGACUGGCGGCGGCCACACAGUCUGCUCUUCUGGACGAAAUGACCAAUUCCUUGCCCAAAUCUUGGUUGGCCAGAACAUCACAACUGGAAUCGCCCGUUAAGAUCGCCAACAAUAAGUUCCAGAUCAACCUAGAUGUACAGAACUUUUCACCGGAGGAAAUUUCCGUCAAAGCAACAGAGGAUUGCAUCAUAGUGGAAGGCAAACACGAAGAGCGCCAGGACGAUCAUGGCUUUAUCACACGCCACUUUAAGCGCCGCUUCAUGCUGCCUGCCGGACACGACCGGAAUGGAAUCGUAUCGUCUCUCUCGUCAGAUGGUAUUUUGACCAUUAUGGCACCCAUCAAGGAGACUUUGGAGGAGGAAAGUGUUAAGGCUAUUCCGAUUGUUCAAACUGGCGAACCGCAACAGGAAAAGCCCGCGGAAACGGAGAAGAAACCUGCCGAGAAAUAAAAGACUAAAAUGUAAUUGUAAUAACUGUAAAUAAAUCUGAAAAAAAAAACUGUAUCA